AUGGCUGCCGAGGAAACUUUAACUACGAGCAUCGGAUUGGAAGGAGGGCCGUCGACCUCGACAACCUUCUCAUUUUUUGAAAAGGAUGAGAUCGGAGCUCUAUUCAACUUUGAAAAACUGGCAAUAGGUAGCGAAGGCCCUUCCACUCGCGUUUCCUCUCCGGUGAGAAUUUUUUUCAUCGUUUUUUUUCUCCUUUCCUGUGGUUUUUAAUGAUUUUUUAAUUGAAGACCCCGCCACGAGCCACGAUACGAUGCACAACUUACCGUUGUGGACGAUAUACGCCCUAUUUCGUCCACGCGUUUCGAAGGUUUAAAUUUUAUUAUUUAUAAUUUUUUUAAUAAGCAUUUUCACCCUUUUUUUAUUGUUUUUUUUGUUGUCUUUUGGAGCUCACAGCUUCGAUUUUUUUAUGUAAGAGAAUCUCCCUUUUUUUCAGUUUUGAUUAUUGUAUAAUAUAAAGGCUAAAUCGAAAAAUUUUUAAAAGUUGGCCAAUCAUUUUUCUGAAAUUUGAGAUUUUUUUAGACGUAGGACGAAACCAACGCCAAUAAAUGAAGCGAACGUCGAGGAAAUGGCAAAAAUUCGUUUAAGAGGCGAAGUCGAGGCGUUGAAACUCUGUUUACUAGAUAGGUUGGUUCUUUUUUCUUUUGUUUCUUGGUUUUUUUGAAGUAAAUUUCACAUAGCUUGAUUUUCAUUUGAAUUUGUUUGAAGUAACCAAUGGUUUAUUGGAUUUUCGCAUUUUAUAGUAUUCUCGUGUUUCUCAUUUCCUAUAACUUUGCUGAUUUUUUUCAAGUUUUUCAUUCUAUGUCUCACCCAAAAAAGCGAAAAAUUUGUGGCAGAUGUUGGAAAAAAAGUAAUUUUUCUCUUUCGAUAUAUUUAGGGAUCAAUCGAGAUUUUUCGACACUUUAAAUUUUUUUUAAUGAUUUUUUUUAGAGCUUUUAACCCUUUUUCUUCUGCAAAAAGUAAAUUUACCUUCCUUUUUUUCAUAAUAUUUUUAAUUAUAGAGAGCUCUUUUAAUUCAGUUUUGAGACUUUAUUGUUUUCACUUUUUAUUGUCAUUUUUUUUUUUUGGUUGAGAUCAGAAUUCGAUUUCUGUAAUUCUCAGUUUUUAGGAACGUGUUUGCUUUCAAAACUCGAAACAAAAAAAGUUUAACGUGGUCUAGAGGAUAUCUGAAAAUGUCUUAGGAAAUUGUUUUUUUUUACAUCUGCUUUCCAUACUCUUUGAAAACGAUAAUCUUAAUCAAAUUUGUUCUGUGGAAUGUUCGAAAAUCCCCUUUUCGGUUAUUUUUUAUCCUGUGCUUUUUUUGAUUGUUGAGUUUCAUUCUUUCUUUUCUUUUCGAACCAUAAAAAAAUGUUGAGAAAUAUCUCUAAUUCAUUUGAAAUGAUUUCGAUUCGAUUUUUGAAACGAACUUUCAUGCCUUUGAUCGAGUUUCUCUUUUUUUUGUGCUUUUUUUGUUCAUCGUUGGAAAAUCGGAUUCUAAAUUGCCAUCAAAAAAACACCAUGAGCGUGUGAAAAAGAUAACUCGAUUAUAGUGAGAUUGAAUUUCGCGAAAUCACUUUGAACAGAGCAACAAAAGCCAGCUUUGAACGAAGUUCGUUUCCUUCGGAAAAAAAAAACCGAAUUUUUAAGUCAAAUUACGGUUUCAGGAAAGACAUCAACACGCCGUGCAGCGUCCAGGCGGCGCGGCCUCCAUCUCCGGACGAGGCGGUCGACGAACUCUCCGAGUAUUUCACGCAUUUCGUCCGCGUCGGCCUCAAAAUGUCGGCUCUGGCCGAGUCGAUGUACGUCUGA